AUGCGCCGCUGCUGUCUGUUGCUGCUGCCCCUCGUCCCUCUCCCCGUCUUCACCCGUCUCCUCCACUCCCUCCCGGAGGAUCCCUACGCGUUCCCCAAGUAUCGUGUCUCCUUUCUCAACGGUCUCCCCGUCCUCAACCACACCGCAGAGCGCUGGCUCGCAGAAGGUCUCCGCGGCGGCGAGCUCGAGUUUCUCGACCAGCCAUGGAACGACUCUCCCCGCAAGGAGAUUGGUUCCGCUGAAGAUUCGGCCGAGCCCCAGCAGCCUAUUUCUGCGAAUCUCUCAUAUACCCUCCAGCAUAUGCGUAUGGGCCCCCGCGAUUCGUAUGUCUGUCUCAUACCCCAGCCUAUCGACCCUGCUCCUCCUUCCCAGGAAGACGACACCGACGCCGAUAUGACCCCGGCGCGUAGCUGGUCGCUUCUUCAGCCACUCACAGGCACAUGUCUUUACCAUCGUCAAGGCUGGUUCACCUAUUCCUACUGCCACAACGACGAAAUCCGACAAUUCAAAGAGGCUGUUCCCGCGCAGACACGUUUUCCAGGGACGUAUACACCAGAAGAAGAUCCAGGCUGGGACGCUUACACGCUAGGCCGCGCGCCGCAAAAUCCGGAACCUGGAGCGGACUUGACAGUCGCCGAACAAAAUGCCCAAGCAGCCAAUUUAGAGCUUGCCCGAAACGCUGGUUCGCGCUAUCUUGUUCAGAGAUGGGGCGACGGGAGCAUUUGCGACAAGACCAAUACACAUCGUGAAGUGGAGGUUCAGUUCCACUGUUCGAUGGAAAUGACCGACCAUAUAUUGUUCGUGAAGGAGACAAAGACAUGCUCGUAUGUGCUAGUCAUUCAUACUCCUCGAUUGUGCGGAGAGCCUGGGUUCAGAUCUCGUCGAGAUUCUGUAGGAGAGGCAGAAAUCAGAUGUCGCGAGGUGGUCGACACUAAGCCUGAAGACCACAUGAACCUUCCAGCAGCUGACCACCCCGUCAAGAUUCCGCUUCGAAAAACGGUUCUGCCCGCACCUGUGCCGAAUGCCAAAGGGACGGAGGAUGAAGCCUCAAUCAGGGAGAAAUCAUUCAACGACCUUUUACGCAAGACACUAGCCGCUCUCGUGGGCAAGGACGGCGCUAAAGUUGUGGGAGACGGUGAACUUAUCAUUGAACUCGCUGACGAACUCGAGGACGACGCGGUUGAAAUGGACAGCGAUAGGCUUGUCGACGCGCUCCGGGCAGCUGGUUAUAAUGUCCAGGCGGAGGUAAUCACAUUAGACGGGAAAAAGGUGACGAAACCUGUAUCGAAAGAUGGGAAACAACCAGAAAAGGAUAGGAAGAAGCAUCCACUCAAAAAACACGAUACACGCCGGGACGAGCUGUAG